UAUGCAGAGACUGUUUCCAAUACAAAUUUUGUAAUCGCUGACAGGAAAUAAAGAUUUCCUAUCGUAUCUGCGAACUAUUUAGUUUUAAUUUGCAUUAUGCAAGCUUUAAUUUCUCAUUGUUUAGUGUAUAAUAAUUUUAAGUGAUAGUCGAUCGUAAAACGACCUUUGUCGAGCCUCAGUGUGCAUGCGCUGCGUGAACUCGAUCGAGAAAGUGGUGUUCCUUUACCCGAGGCAUAUGACGGACAUUAUAAGUUCUGUUUUUAAUUUAAAUAAAAAUUGGCAGCAAGAACUGGCCAGAUGAAGAUAAUGUCAGAUGAUGAUGCUGCAUUGGAUUCAAUGGAUACAGAAGAAGAUAUUUUUUCUCCAAGAAGUCGGCGUCUUAGCUCUAGUGCCAGGAGGGUUCAAAGUUUACGUACUUUACGAUCGCAUUCAAACUCUAAUUCCCAUAUAUCUAUGAAUAAUUCAAGCGUUCGUCGUAGCACACGAAACAGAAUGCAAACAUAUGAUAAUCUUAAUACUAGUUGGAUUUUAGGAACACAAACAUUAAAAGGUUAUCCUAUGUUUCAACAACAUGGUUCUUCGUCCGAUAAAGAUAUGGUGGAUGAAGUUCCUGAGAGAAAACGAGAUCUCAGAGAGCGUAUGCCUCUCAGGUCACGUGAGAAUCAUCCUCCUAAUAAGAAUUCGCAAAGGCACAUGAGGGAAAGGGCGGAACAUGAUCGACAAAGUAGUAGAGAACUUAGGGGUAGAGCUGAUCGUGAUCUUAGAGAAAAAUCAGAACAGGAAAAAGAUAUUAGAGAACUUAAAGAUAGGCAAGAUCGGGAAAGAACGGACAGAGAACAUAAAGAUAAAAUAGAAACCAGAAGUAAGUCGCACGAAGAGAAGGACGUAAGAACAAGUAAGUCCGAUAGUCCAAGCAGACUUAAAGAGGGACCUGUAACAAGACUCGGUGGAAAUUUAGUUGAAAAAGAUGAGAAGCCUAAAGUGGAACAAGAUGAAGUCGACGAAGAUAGUUCACAAGAAAGCGAGAAAGCGGAAAAUAAUGAUAAUUCUGAAAAUGAAGAUGGUUACGAAGAUAUGUAUACGCGUAUUAAACGAACUAGAAGAACGGCACAGCGGCAAUUACCAAGGGGUAAGAAGCUUACAGUGGUGGAUAGUGAUUUAAGCGAAUCUUCGGAUUCCCCUGGUCCUAGAAAGUACAGUUUACGUCAAAAGAAGCCGGCUGUAGAUAGAUUUCAAGCUAACGUAGAACCAGUACGACGAUCCAUAAAAGCACUUAGAAGUGUUCUUAGCAAUUCCAUGAGAAGACGUAAACAUAGAAGCAAAAGUACAAGUUCUAGCGAUUCCAGUGACUCGGAACCCCAACGUUACGAUAAGAAGAAAAGCAAGAAAGCAAGACAAUCGACAAUGCCCCAAGGUGGACCACCUGAUCGUAAAGCAGAUAUAAACCCAAUCACUCUAGAUACUAACAUUAGAUUUAAUGAUGUUGGUGGUUUAGAGUCACACAUUCACUGCCUUAAAGAAAUGGUUGUUUUUCCUAUGAUGUAUCCAGACGUUUUUGAUCGUUUCCAUAUUACUCCGCCAAAGGGAGUACUGUUUCAUGGUCCACCAGGAACUGGUAAAACAUUAAUAGCUAGAGCAUUGGCGAAUGAAUGUAGUCAAGGUAGUAGGAAAAUGGCGUUCUUCAUGCGAAAAGGUGCAGAUUGUCUGUCCAAAUGGGUUGGAGAAUCAGAACGCCAAUUGCGAUUGUUGUUUGAGCAGGCUCAACAAAUGAAACCGUCCAUAAUAUUUUUUGAUGAAAUAGAUGGCCUUGCGCCUGUUAGAAGUACGAAGCAGGAUCAGAUUCAUGCUAGUAUCGUGUCUACUCUUUUGGCGCUUAUGGAUGGCCUAAGUGACAGGGGAGAGGUUAUAGUUAUUGGAGCAACAAAUAGGAUAGAUGCUAUUGAUCCAGCAUUGCGCAGACCUGGUCGUUUCGAUCGGGAAUUAUUGUUUCCCUUGCCUGCUAUGAAAGAGAGGCUAGAGAUAUUGAAAAUCCAUGUCAGUAAAUGGAAAAAUCCUCCAUCGGAUCAAUUGUUAGAAGUAUUGGCUGAGAAGGCAACCGGUUAUUGUGGUUCAGAUCUACGAGCUUUGUGCACCGAAGCAGUUUUACAAGGCUUGAGAAGAACGUACCCUCAAAUAUACAUGACCAGCAAUAGAUUACUUUUAGAUCCUGAACGAGUUGCAGUAAAAAAACGAGAUUUUAUACAAGCUAGUUCUAUACUUGUCCCGUCAUCGCAAAGAGUAUCACCUUGUUCUCGAAGAAAAUUACAACCCUUUAUAGAACCUCUAUUAGGACCUCCGCUAGAAGAGUUACUUAGUUCAGUAAAAGGAAUAUUUCCUCAAGGAAUCAACCCUACAAUGGCAAAAGUAAAAAUUAGCACAGGAAUACAUCGCCCAAGAUUAUUAAUUUCUGGUGGAAAUCUAUCUGAAGGUCAAGGGCCACACUUAGCGCAAGCACUAUUGUAUCAUAUGGAACAUCUACCAGUUCAAACACUAGACGUUAGUACUCUGUUUGCAGAAAGUGGACGAUCUCCGGAAGAAACCUGCGUGCAGGUAUUUAACGAGGCUGCCAGGAACGUACCGUCCAUAAUUUAUAUUCGGUCGAUAGAUCAGUGGUGGCCACUUGUACCUGAAACUGUAAAAGCGGUUUUCUUGUGUCGUAUUGCAGCGCUUGCUCCUUCAUUGCCUAUUUUAAUUCUAGCUACGAGCGACACAACAUAUCAAGACCUCCCUAGCCAACUGCGAAGUCUUUUUAGCGAGCUUCGCGGUGAAGUUUAUUUGAUGAAAACACCGACAGCGGAUCAAAGGUCGAAAUUCUUUCGACACAUUUUCAUGGUCCAGAGCCUGAAGCUACCAAAAAUAAAGGAUGACAAAGUCGAGGUCUUGGAAGAGCUUCCUUUAGCACCGGAUCCCAUGCCAAUGAAAUUAACGGAGGAAGAGAAAAAAGUUAUGUAUGAGAAACAAGAAGUAUCCUUGAGAGAGUUGAGAAUUUUCUUGAGGGAGAUUUGCGCGAAACUCGCGCGGAAUAGACAAUUUUUCAUGUUUACGAAACCGGUAGACACGGAGGAAGUGCCAGAUUACAAUAUGAUAAUAAAACAGCCUAUGGAUUUAGAAACAAUGAUGACAAAGAUCGAUAUGCAUUGUUAUCUUUGUGCUAGAGAUUUUCUUGACGAUAUCGAUCUGAUUUGCAAAAACGCUUUGGAAUACAAUCCUGAUAGCUUACGUGAUAGGCCUUCCCUUGGAAUAUUGAAGAGAGAUCCAGCGGAUAAAUUGAUAAGGCACCGUGCUUGCUCCCUCCGUGACAAUGCGUAUGCAUUGAUAAAAGCAGAGUUAGAUUCCGAUUUCGAAGACAAAUGUCGCGAAAUUUCUAAAAGUCGUCGAGUUACCGACACGUGUAACAACGAGGCGGAGAAUAAGAAUCAGUCAAAAACAGAUCAUUCCUCGUCCACGACCGAACGAACAGAUAAAAAGGAUACCGGUAGUCCUAGUCACUCUCUCGUAAACGGGAAGAGAUACAAUAAUUCUAGAAAGCGUCGAAUACCAGCUUGGGCCAGAGGCUAUGUGAAAAAAGUUCAUAAAAAGAAAAAGAUUGCGUUCGACGAAACUGUAACUACAUUCGAUAGCAAGGUUUGCUUGACUACCGAAACUACAAGUAUCGAUUUAGAAAAAUUCCAGGAGUUUGAAACCGAAGCAAACAGUGUUAUGAAUGGCCAUGUAUCGUUGUUCGAUAACUCGGAUUCCGAGAAUGAUUCGCAAAACGAGAAUUCGAAAGAGGCCCAAGUGAUUCAGGCCAACAACAUCAGCGAACAACAUAUCGAUGAGCAUGAAACUAUGCAGAUAUCUUUCACGGAGGAAGAUAAGAACAUGGAAAACAGUGGAUCCAAUUCUUCGUCUAGGCGGGAAAGUAUAGAUGAAUUAUCGUUUGCUAUCGAGAGCGAUUCUAGUCUAGUGAAAUUCGAAGAAAACGACAAACUAAUGGUAGAUAAAAGCGAAUUAGAGAACGCGUGGCAACAUACUGUCAAUGUUACGAAAGAUUUUCCUGUAGAAGUAUUAUGCGACAUUUAUGUACAACUGAGCCGAUCUGUAGGAAAAUAUGCUCAGAGUUACGAUAGAAAAUCACUGCCAAAGGACUUGCUCAAGGAAGUGAAAAGGUUCGAAGAGUUCAAGACAACGUACGAGAAAGUUCAUCAUGUUGCUAACCAAACUGACAUGCUAUAAGUCAUGUUAUUAUCUUUAGUACUAUCAUAACAAAACUCUUUUGUAUAUUUACCCUGAACAAAGAUUAUCGAUUAGUUGAAUCACGUGAUAACUUGAAAUAGUAUCUUUUUUUUCUCUUUUUUUUUUUUUUGGCUUUUUACUCAAAGGAAAGAAUUCUUAUUAUUACACGAAUACUUAUAAAAAAAAAGAAAUCAAGAUAAUGGUAUAUUUAAACUUCAGUGUUUCUAAGCUCACGGUAAAAUGUAACAGUGCAUGAAAUUUAAGAAACGAAGAAGUAUUAUAUACGAAGUUAAAGGGAAUUUGAACAUUUUGCUUCGGCUUCUAAUUAUAAAAUUAUAAAUUAUUAUAAUCACAUCGGCUUUCGUUACCUAUAAUUAAUAACUGACGUUAGACCUCUCUUCAUACAAAAUUGUAAUGAUAAAAUACUUUUGCUUGAAAUUUUUUCGUUUAUUACGAUAUUUAUAAAAAAAUUGACAUGGAAAAUCAGAUAUAAUGGAAUUAGUUCUCGUAAGAUUAUGAACAAUUUGCUUUUCACACGAGUCAAUUUUAAUGGGGUACUUGUGCAAAUUUCUGAAUUAAUAUGUAAUACGUUAUACCUUCAAAAGGUGUACUAUUUCAUAUCAACAAAACUUUGCAGACACUGGUUAUACAAAGAUGAUGGUAAUUUAAUAUAAUAUGUACUUAACUAUAGUUUUUUACAUAUGGUAUUUUACAGUACAUUGUAUCAAAUUAUUUUAUUGUACAUUCACAACAGUAACACCUUGAUAAAUCACUAUGAUGUAAAAUACACCUAAAAGAUUCUUCAUCUGCGCCAGUUAUUACUUUGGAUUUUUAUAGUUCUUUAGAGAAAGAUGUUUAAAAGAAAUACUUUUAACAUAGACAUAUCUUGAUGCAUAGGUUCAAACACACAUACAUAAAAAUCACAUGUGCCCUGUUUUAAAAAGAUUUAGAGAAAACGCCACUUAUUAGAAAAGAUACAAUUUUAAUUUGAACAAAAUAAUUUUAUAUAAUUUUAUAACUCUUUAUGCAUAUUGUAAAGCAUAGUUUUGUUUACCAAUCACGACAAAGCUCAUGAAGUCAUGUCAAUUGAUUGAUUAGCAAAUUGAUGAAAGCUUAUAAGUUGAUUUCAUAAAAAAAAAAGGAGAUUGUAAAUACAUUCCAAAUCUUAUAAG